AUGGCAGACAAUUCUUUAAAGACUAUCUUCAACUCAGCAGAACGUCAAAGACUAGCCAUAGAAUCAUCAUGGGAUACAAAUACAGAGCAGCAUCAAGAAGAUGUUGCAAAUGUGAUCAGGGCAUACCAAGAAUGUCGGCAGCUUGCGGAUAGACUUGCAUUAUUCAGUCCAAAUGAAACAUUAGAGGAUAUCAAUUCUAGUGAUAUACAGUAUGUUUAUGGGCAUGAAAAAGAGGGAAGCAAGCUGACUGUUCCUUCAAGAUAUUUGGUCAUCCCUUACAGGAUUGCGGAUUCAGGUCAAAGACUUGCUACAACUAAUAUAGAUGAUCGAAAAUUGAUUCUGAACGAGGCAAAGAAAUGUUAUGAAUCAUUCUUGACUCAACUAAGAUACUAUGAGAUGCUAUCCACCACGGAGAGGAAGCUAUAUGCUGAAUAUCAAGAAUCCCCAUCUACUUUCUCCACAAUUUCCACCACAGAUCCAAAUGCGAGAAGAAAUGCGAAAAUUGCGAAUUUUAAGAUGGAGAAAGAUAUGAAGAAGAAGCUGGAUUUUCUGGCACAAAAUCCAGCCUAUCUACAAAACGACGAAGAUGCUGUUCGCGAACUAGAAAUUGCUAAGCUAGCUUUAUGUUCGCACAAUGCCUUUCAAUCCCUGGAAUCUAUCAAUCUCGAACUCGAGAUCUUGGCCAUGGCACCUAUAGGUCCACGAAUUCCCGAGGGUCCGCAAACAGAUGACAGAGAGCGAAUAGGUGGUCUGCGUGGACCUGAUGCAGAAUACUCCGAUCGAUUGGAUGUGAGAGAUAUUAGUUCAAAUAACAAAGGGCCAGUAUUGAGUACUGGAGGGAAACCAUUACGACCAUUCACUCUACUAGAAAGUAGACAGUCAUUACAAAAAGGUGUAUUCAGAGCAGGGCACAAUUUACCGACUAUGACGAUUGACGAAUACCUUGAUGAGGAGAGAGCAAGAGGUGGUAUUAUUGAAGGUGGUGGAGAAGCAAGUGGCAUUAUACCUGAGAUUGAUCCGGAUGAUUUUGAGAAAAUGGACGAGGAGAUCGAAAAAGCUAGACGGUGGGAUGAAUUUACGGAGGACAAUCCAAAGGGUGCUGGAAAUACCGUAAAUAGAGGAUAG